CUUUUUAGGACGUGGAUGAUCAUUUUGGGGUUUAAUUACUUGAGGAAAGCUCACUCUUUGGCCUCUGUGAAUAAAUACUGCUGCCCGCUCAGACGUGGAAAGUACAAAACAAGGUUAAAUACAGGAAGUGUCGACAACCAACCGUCUCGCUUCCUUUCAAGCCUCAUAUCAGUCCCCUCGGCCUCUGACAGGUCGCUGCUUCAUUCUUUCAUUCUGGGAGAUUACAAAAUGAUGGGGAGCUGCGAGGGAAUUUCCUUGUCUCUGCACAGAUCCAGAUAUAUCAGCUGGUGUGUGGACUACGCAGAGCCACCAACACCUGCACCUGCAGCUCUGAGAGGAACAGAAGUCGCUCCGGAAGAAUCUUUCCACCAAAACCAUAAGCUGGCUGGUUCAGGAUCAGUCCCACUUCUCCUCCUGUCCCCACGAGAAACCAGUGGAGGAGAAACGAACACAGCAUUUUCCCAUCGACACCCAGAGCCAACUUUCACCAAGAGGACACAUCCCGAGGCCUUCACACAUUCCCAGCCGUCCCAGUCGAACCCACAGUCCAGCUCUGCUGUGCACACCAUUGACAGAACCCCCAAUCGCCAGGCUGAUGAUGGCGAGGAUGAUGGUGAGGAAGGAAGAAAGGGGAUCAGUGAGGAGCUGGAGGACACGUGCUUCUUCCUUCCCAGGAGCAGUCCGGUCAUCUCCAGACGCCACAGGCCCGUCUCCUGGCAUGGAGAGGUCACCGGCAUGUUGGCACCAUCAAGAAACAUGGACUCCCGGCCUCCUGCUUCUGGUCCGCUGUCUCUGGAUCCGUGUGUGUGCCCAGCUGUCCCCAGCAUGGUGGAUCUGGGAUCCAGACCGAGCUCCUGUCCACACCCGUCUCCCCUUCAGAAGGACAAGAAGCCGCUCUGCGUCUCUGCCUCAUCGCAACUGAACCGACUCCUCUGCCCUUGGGUCCACCGUCCUUUCAGCGGACAGCAGGGAUUGGCUAAGGAGGACAGGGGGCGGGGGCUAACCAGCUGUGAUGCCUCUUACUCAUCAGGCCAGUCUCCCUCAACACAUCACAGCAAAGAGAGAAGCUGCAGUGGCAUCCCAGAAUCCUCUGCAGACAUCUUUAAGACCAGUUGUGAUCUGGAAAAGGAGAAUGCUCAUUUCAUUGUGGUGGACAUGAUGCUGGAGGUGCUGGAGGGCGUCAAAUGGACCCUGAGCUCCGAUCGAUGGACGUGCACGAUGGACACGCGGCAACAGUACAGAGACGCCAGCUCAUCGGAGGUCAUCCCGCCACGUGGACACAAACACAGAUGUAGAGCAGGCAGACGCACACAGGCCGGCAGUGCAAGUGAUCCUCAACAAGAGACUGACAAGACAUCAAACACACACUCCUCGUAUGUACACACACGGCAACACACGCAGGAGGAAGAGGAAGAGGAGGAGGAGGAGGAGGAGGAGGAGGAGGAGGAGGAGGCAGUGAAUCACGAGGCUGAACAUCCGCCGAAGACUUUCUCCAUCCUCUCCUCGGACAGUGGAUUUGAAGAGUGUGGAGUCGACACUACGCUGACACCGAGAAAGUCUCUCCGAACUGCAGAGUGGCUGGCCCAGCAGUUGGUGCUGGGGUUCAGGAGGAGCUGGCUUCCUUCCCGUGAGCCUCGGCGUGGACGGCAAAGCCUCCGCAGCUCGCUGCAGGAGUUGCCAGGUACUGGAGAUGUGGCGGUGAGCAGCAGCAGCCUGGCAGAGGAGAUCAGACUGAGGACCAGGAUGAGAGGAUCCCUGAGCUGGGCCCCGCCGCGCUUCCAGAUCAUCUUCACUGUUCAGCCGACCAACAGACGCAGUGAGGUCGUGGCUCUGCAGCACUUCCUGUGUGCAGGCUGUGGGACAGAGGUGGAGCCUCGGUACAUCAAGAAACUGCGGUACUGUGAAUAUAUUGGCCGGUAUUUCUGUGACUGCUGCCACGGCGGCUCUGAAGCUGUGAUUCCUGGUCGGCUUCUGUCCUGCUGGGACUUCGGCAGAUACCCUGUGAGUGAUUUCUCCAAACGGCUGCUGGAUUCGGUCUGGCAUCAGCCUCUGUUUGACCUGACCUGCGUCGGGAAGACGCUCUACAGCAGAGUGAAGGAGCUGGACAAGUUCAGGGAGCUCCAGGAACAGCUGAUGGGCAUCAAUAAGCUGCUGUCAGCCUGCAGAUUAUCUGGAAGGGUGAUGGCUGAGUUUGAUCAGCUUCCUGCUCACCUGAUGGAGCAGCCACACCUGUUCUCCAUGGAGGACCUCUGGAGGGUGAAGAAGGGUCCGCUCGUGGUGCAGGCCAGAGCGGUGCUGCACUCGGCCAUCGAUCAUGUUGAAAACUGUGAGUUGUGUCUGGCCCGAGGUUUUAUCUGCGAGUUCUGCAGAGAAAGAGACGUCAUCUUUCCUUUUCAGGCAGACAUAUGUCGCCGAUGUCCAGUGUGCAGGACGUGCUUUCACAAACACUGUUUUGUGCAAAAGAAGUGUCCGAAAUGUGCUCGGAUCCAAUCACGGAAAAAACAUCCAGACGGAUUCCACGACGAUACGACUCAGCACAAACCUUUAUGACUGCCACAGUUUCAGAUAAAUAAAUAAAAUCUAUGCAUUUCUUUACUCCUCCCCUUUAAGUGCAUAAUAAUAUCUUCAUUUUCUAUAAUCAGGGAAUACAAACUCACAAUGUCUGAAAUCAUAUUUCCUGUGGAAAUUCAAUUGGCAUGAGAGGGAUGCUUGACCUCUGUGAGUGUGGGCUGUCUGUCUGGUGUUUCUCAGAGGAACGCUGAUGGAGUAAACAUUUGUAAACAGGACUUUAUGGUUUCAAUUGCUAGUUUCAAGUCUUCUUCAGUACAGAAUUAAUUUAGAACAUUGUGGUACCUUUUAAAGUAGACCAUAAGACCACCACUAGACCAUAAAGUGGUCUUUCAGCAGUCCGCAAACCAUGUCAACCUCUUAUAUACAGUUUAUAGAAGCAACAAUAUUGGAUCCAACAUAGAAAGUGCAGAGAUCACACAUUGGUAUCAGGUCAUAUAUAAAACUAUCAUUGUGUAACCCCCACUCCGCUCUCUACUCAUCGUCUCACUGCAAUUCCAGAAAUCUUCUCCAGGAACACCGUUAGUUUUUUAUACAUUGUACAUAUCAUGAUGUUGUAAUUUUUGCAUGAGAUUGAUUGUAUCUAUGUUUUAUUUGUUUUUCUCCUUUGUUGCCUUUUUGGCCAGGUCAUAACUGAUUGACUUAUUUGGUGAAAUAAAGUUUAACAUUUAAAACA